ACCAUUCAUAUCCCCUCUCCUCUUUCUCUUUCUUCUGAUAAGCCGCAGAUCGGUUGUGCUGGCGCGGUCCUCGGUGACCUUCAACGGCGGAGAACUGUUCAGUAUUUACCCAACGAUUCCGAUGCACUGGUGAUGUUCAGGGUUAGAUCGGUGGAGAUGUUCGCCCUAUUCGACUCCAUGUUUGUCAAUGCCGAUACUCUAAUUUCUCUGCAGAUUCUACGCUCGGAGUACCAUCCAAACGGCCACCAGCGAGGGCCUAGUGCCUCCGGGGCCAAGGAGAGCCUGUCUGUAUACGGACUCUUCCAGCACCUAGCCCGUACCCCCCAGGGAAAAUUGAGGCUUCGCCAGAUCUUCCUGCGGCCGAGCACCGAUAUCGAUCUAAUCAAUACACGUCAGAACACGAUUUCAUUUCUAUUGCGCCCGGGGAAUGCUGACGUGCUUAUGCGGCUGACCAGCGAGCUCAAGAAAAUCAAGAACAUGAAGUCAGCCAUAGCUCAUUUGGAAAGGGGUGUUGAUAUACCGGGCCGUAGGAUUUCUGUCAAUAACAAUGUCUGGGCUUCUUUGCAACGAUUCGCGGCGUAUAGUUUGAGGCUGAGGGACUCGCUCCAAGCUCUGCCGGGGGCAGAAGGAAUCCCCAUUAUCAGAAAGACUACCGAGGCCAUCCGCCCCCUUCCGAUCUGUCAAGUAGGCGAGCUGAUCAGUCAGACUAUUGAUUUCGAGCAGUCUGUGGAACGAGGUAGAACUGCGGUGAGGCACGGUGUCGACGGUGGCCUAGAUGAGCUGAAGCGAAGUUAUGACAGCAUGGAACACUUUCUAACCAACGUCGUAGCCAGGUUGCGGGAGGAGUUGCCGGAAUGGGCAAGAAAAUACAUACAGAAUUGCAUCUUCUUCCCGCAACUAGGCUUCUUAACUGUCGUUUCACUUAAUACCGAGACCGGAAAGGGUAACUACGACGGCGAGGGCAUGGUCGAUGCCUGGGAACGCAUGUUCGCAGCCGAGGGGUGUGUAUACUAUAAGAAUCGCCAGAUGAAAGAGAUGGAUGGGCAUUUCGGAGAUGCAUACUGCAUGAUCAUCGAUCGGGAGAUAGAGAUCAUCCACGAGCUUACGAUCAAAGUCCUAGAGCGACAAGAAGCUAUAAUCUCGGCGUCUGACAUUCUUGGUGAGCUUGAUAGCUUGCUUGCGUUAGCAAUUGGCUGUGGCCGGUAUGGCUGGGUUGCCCCCCAAAUGACGACUGAAAACAUCAUAUACAUCGAGCAGGGGCGCCACCCUUUGCAGGAACUAGUCGUCCCGUCGUUCAUCCCAAACGAUUGCCAUAUCGUCGGUGGCCCCGGUACCCAGGAUAACGAGGGAGAGACGGCGGAGGUAGAGGCAGAGACACGGCAAGACUCGGUGGAACAUCCCAGCACCUUUGUAUUGACAGGACCAAAUCACUCCGGUAAGAGCGUAUAUCUCAAACAGGCCGCGCUCAUAGUAUAUCUGGCACACGUCGGCUGUUUUGUGCCAGCGGCGGGGGCUCGGAUCGGGAUUACUGAUCGUAUUCUCACGCGAAUUGCCACGCGCGAAAGCGUAGCGAGGGACGAAAGCGCGUUCUCUAUCGACUUGCGCCAGGUCUCCUUCGCGAUGAACUUUGCCACUCAUAGAAGCCUUGUGCUUAUCGACGAAUUCGGCAAGGGCACGAACAGCAUGGACGGCGCCGGUUUAGUCGCCGCAGUGCUGGAUCAUUUCACCUCUCUUGGUCCCGAGAGACCCAAGGUUCUAGCUGCUACCCAUUUCCACGAAAUAUUCGAGGGCGGGUUCUUAGCGGAAAGCCCCGAGCUCGCCUUUGGACACAUGGACGUUCGCGUGAACUUUGACGCGCCGACCACGGAAGACCAGGUGACUUACCUCUUCCAACUGGCGCCCGGCCGCAGCAUCUCCAGCUUCGGAAGCCGCUGCGCCGCGAUGAACGGCGUCAACCAGGCCGUGGUGGAGAGGGCCGAGUCGAUCAUGCUCAUGCUCGCCCGGAACGAGGACCUGGAGGUCGUCUGCUCCCGGCUCUCCGGCGCUGAGACGCGGAGGCUCGAGGAGGCCGAGGCUGCCGCCCGACUGUUCCUCGAGACGGACAUCAAGCCGCCGCCCAGUAGUAGCAGCAGCGGCGGGAAGAAACCGGCUGAUACUGGUCAUUGGUAUCAGGAGGUUCUUGGCCGGCUGUUGCGACCGGAUAAACCAGCCUGAGCCUCCGGUUCCGGUGGUAAUCGGUGGGCUGACUCGAGGUUGAAACCCGAAUACGUGUGCUGCCGAGUUCGACCAUCUCGAGAUUGGUUUGGCUGUUCUUAAUAUGUUAGAAGUUACUAUAGCCCCAUCCACAGCAAUGCGGAAGAAUAUUUGGCAAUUAGUUGUUUCCUAAGCCGCCGC